GGGGGUGGAAGUUGUACCGAGUUCCGACAGAUCUCGUCCGCUGCUGUAGUUUCUGGGACCCGUUGUGGCUCCUCUCCUGAGUCCGGACGGGUUUGAGCCGGACCCGGUCCACAGAACCCUCCGAACCUGCCGCGCCGCUCGGGCGUCCCGGCGCCUCCCGGAGCGCGUGCAUCGGGGCGGGGUCUGAGCUGGACCUGUUGUGCGGAUCUCCUCGCGCUGUUGGACUCUCGGGAACUUUUAUCCGGACCUGCUGGAGCACGGCGGACCGCGGGACCGGAAUCCUCGUUCAGGAAACUGCCCCCCGAUGAAGGAGGUUCCCCCCCGCAGUCCUCCUCGCUGUAGCAGGUAAAGGGGAGCUGCCAUGUUGGCCUCCUCCUCCCGUCUAAACACCCUCCUCAUCAUUCUCGCCCUCCUCUGCCCUUCCCAUGUGGAGGCCUCAGUGCAGCGGGUGACGCUAGAAAGUGCACCUUUGUCUCACCUUCUGCUUGACGUGCAAACUGGGCACCUGUAUGUGGGCGGAGUCAACAACCUGUACCAGCUGAACUCUAACCUGGACGUCAUAGCGCACGUGAAGACCGGCCCCAACCUGGACUCCCCGGACUGUCUCCCUCCAAUCUUUCAGCACGACUGUCCAUCAGCAACCGUCACUCACAACCACAACAAGCUGCUUCUGCUGGAGGAUGGCGUGGGGGAGGAGCCAGGGAACCUGAUCGUUUGCGGUUCUCUCUUCCAAGGAAUCUGCAACAAGAGAAGUCUUUCCAACAUCUCGCACAUCAUCUACCAGACGUCCAAUCCAGUCGACACUCAGUAUGUCGCCGCCAAUGAUCCUCGCGUCUCCACUGUCGGUGUGAUCAUCACCACAAAGGGCAAACGGGAGGAAGAGGGCGCUCCUGGCACGCUGCAUUUGAUGCUCGUGGGUCGAGGUUACACCAGCAGAGGGCCGGGUGACAUCCCACCAAUCACAACGCGGCGCCUGUUCCCCGUGAAUUCACUCCGGAGAGCGUUCUCCCAGGAAGAGGAGCUGGGAAAGCUGGUUGUUGGAAGUUACUCUGAAUACAACAACCACUUUGUGAAAGCGUUUAUCCACGGGAACCAUGCUUACUUCCUGUUCUCCCGGCGGGACAUGUGGCACAGAAAGGAGUACCGGACGUACGUGUCGCGCCUCUGCAUAACGGACCGGAGCUUCUACUCCUAUGUGGAGGUACCGCUGUUAUGCCAAGGCUACAACCUUGCCCAGGGGGCGUGGCUAUGGGAAUACUCGGGAAGGGCUGCUCUGUUUGUCGUCAUGGCAGCCGGACAAGCGUCAACAUCCGUAGCAACAAGUCGCUCUGCACUCUGCGUUUAUGGGAUGGACGCUCUGGAUGCGAUGAUGCGACAAGCACAGGAUGUGUGUUACACUGAGGGAGGACAGGGCCGCAGCGGAGACGAGGAGGCCUACAUCGAAUACGCCGUGUCCUCCAAAUGUCUGAGGCUGCCAAAGGACUCUCUGUCAGAGUAUCCCUGUGGGGGGGAACACACCCCCAGCCCCAUUGCCAGUGCUGUGGCUCUUCCAGCCACGCCCACCGUGAAGAUGCCCAAGCUGCUGACUGCUGUCACCGUAGCAACAGAGGCUGGACACACCAUCGCUUUUCUGGGAGACGAGGAGGGACAACUGCACAAGGUGUUUGUGCGUCCUGAUUGGUCAGGUGAUCUGUAUGGCAGCUUGCUGGUGGACAGUGGUGCUGUUGGUGCCGACCUGCUGCUUGACGAGAGCCAGCAGUACCUGUACGUUUUAACCAAUGAUAAGCUUUCCAAGGUCCCGGUGUCGUCCUGCGAGAGACAGACAGACUGCAGCUCCUGUCUGUCUGUCAGAGACCCGUACUGCGGCUGGUGUGUCCUGGAAGGGCGCUGUGUUCACAAACACAUGUGUCGGCGCCACCUGCAGGCCAACCAUUGGCUCUGGAGUUUUGAAUCAACCAAUCAGUGCGUCACAGUGCAGAAUCUCCAGCCAGCCAAUCAGAGCAGGGCAGAGCAGACGCAGGUAACCCUGACUGUCGCCCAGCUUCCUGCCCUAGAAACCACAGAGUCUCUGUCUUGCAUCUUCGGACUCCUCCCCCCUCAUCCAGCUGUCAUUAUUGGAACCAAAGUCACCUGUCAAUCACCUGAGCCGGAGCUCCUCCCCUCCACACCCUCAGGAAAAGAUCACAUGAUCCUGCCCGUCUCUCUGACGCUCGGUUAUGUAACCAUCACCACGGGUCACAUGACUUUCUACGAUUGUGGUUCUGUCAGCCGACUCAACCAGAGCGCCCAGUGUGUUGCCUGUGUCAGCAGUGUGUGGGGGUGUAACUGGUGUCCUGUAGAACAAUUGUGCACUCACAACCACAGCUGCCCCACGCCGACCAUCAUUCUAAGCCAGAGGGAUUCACCUGGUCCAUCUUCUUGUCCUCUGGUGUUCUCACUGAAAAGUUCUGCCUUAGUGCCUAUGGGCCAGAGCACCACAAUAGUGCUGGAAGGAAGGAACUUGGACCUGUACACGAAUGAAGGUGAAUACGAGUGUGUCAUUGAAAUCGAGAACAUGCAGCUCAACUUGACCGCCACCGAGGAGAAAACUCCAGACAACACUCACGUCUUUACCUGCAAGAGCCAAAAGUUCCACUAUUCCUCCAGCAGGCUGCAGUAUUCAGCCCCGGUCUUCCUGCGAAGAGGACACCGGCGCAUUGACACACUUCCUGAACUUCAGGUCCACCUCUAUGACUGCUCAGCCGGCCAAUCAGAUUGCUCUCAGUGCUGGGCGGUACCCAGGGAGUACGGGUGUGUUUGGUGUCCCGGAAAACCCGCCCCCUCCUGUGUUUACAACCAGUCGUGCUUCAGCGAGCCUGCCAACACCUGUCCGCCUCCUCAAAUAACACAGGUGCUUCCUGUCACUGGGCCUUUGGAGGGAGGGGUCCUCCUGACCAUCACUGGGUCUAAUCUGGGCAUGAGGUUCCAGGACGUGGUGGGCAGAGUCCAGGUGGCAGGUGUCCCAUGUGUGCCACAGUUGGAGGGUUACCAGAUCUCCACCAGGGUUGUGUGUGAGCUGCAGCCCAGCGGGAACCAGAGGGUGGGGCCCGUCUUGCUCUCUAUGGGAACCAGUCUGCCAGGAGGUUCCACGCAGAUGUUCACCUAUCAGGACCCCCAGAUACUGGAUCUAGUUCCGGACAAAGGUCCAGUCUCAGGAGGGACCAGAGUGACCAUUAGAGGGCGCCACCUGCUGACAGGUCAAACGUCUGACCUGAGUGUCUUCCUGGGUCCGUGGCCCUGCCGUGUCAUGGGGGAGGUGGACGACACCCGGCUGGUGUGUCAGACUGGAUCCAGUAAUCAGACGGGGGAAGUUCCCGUUUGGGUUUUGUUCGGAAAAGCUAAGCGGACGGUUCCGAAGAGAGCCUUUCGUUACCUUGACGACCCGGUUAUCACGGACGCCAUGCCUGCUGAGAGCUUCUGCGCCGGUGGACGCAUCAUUGUGGUAACGGGCAGGAAUCUGGACGUUGUGCAGCAGCCAAUCAUGUCGGUGUGGGUGGAGCCUCAGGAGGGGCAGAGAGUCAAACGGAAAAGACGAGUGGCGUUUCUCACCGCCAAGCAGCAGCUGGUCUUCAACAGCACGAUGACGACGGUGUCAGAGCACUGCUCCGUCCUGUCGUACUCCCAGAUCACCUGUCCGACCCCCGCCGUGUCUCCAGAUCUCAAAGUGAAAGGUGUCUGGUUUCAGCUGGACAACGUGCAGGUCCACUUCGAGAGCAUCAAGGGUAAAAGCUUCACCUAUUAUCCCAACCCAAAGAUCUUCCCUCUAAACAGCGAAGCUGCAGAUGUUCCGUAUCGUUUCAAACCUGGAGGAGUGAUCGCCGUGGAGGGUCGCGACCUGACCAGAGCCAUGGGCAGACGGGAGGUGAGAGCUCGGCUCGGGGAUCAGAAGUGUGAGGUGAAGACCUUGGACAGCACUCACCUGUACUGUGAACCCCCAGAGGUUCAGCCCAUGAGCGUCGACGACGGACACCAACUUCCACGACUGAAGGUGUUCAUGGGGAACCUGAAGGUGGACCUGGGGCCGGUCCAGUACGACAGUGAUUCCAUGCUGCCUCCUGUCCCGUUGGCUGCUCAGAUCGGUCUGGGGGCGGGGGCGGCCGCCAUCAUUCUCAUGGUGCUGGUGGUCAUUCUCAUGUACAGGAGGAAGAGCAAACAGGCUCUCAGAGAUUACAAGAAGGUUUUGCUGCAGUUGGAAACCAUGGAGAUCAACGUUGGAGAUCAGUGCCGCAAAGAGUUCACCGACCUGAUGACCGAGAUGAUGGAUCUGAGCAGUGACGUCGGGGGUCCCGGGCUGCCUUUGCUGGAGUACCGGGCCUACGCCGAGAGAGUCUUCUUCCCAGGACAACAGACGGCGCUGCUCAGCCGCCAGCUGGAUCUGCCGGAGUCCAGAAGGCUGACGGUGGAGCAGGGCCUCCAGCAGCUCAUCAACCUGCUGAACAACAGACUCUUCCUCACCAGGUUCAUCCACACUCUGGAGGCCCAGCAGGGAUUCUCCCAGAGAGACCGGGGCUACGUGGCCAGCCUGCUCACCAUCGCCCUGCACGACAAGCUGGAGUACUUUACCGAGGUCAUGAAGAGUCUGCUGCAGGACCUGGUGCAGCAGUACGUCACCAAAAACCCCAAGCUCAUGCUGCGGCGGACAGAAACCGUGGUGGAAAAGAUGCUGACCAACUGGAUGUCCAUCUGCCUCUACUCCUUCCUCAAGGAGGUGGCGGGCGAGCCGCUCUACAUGCUCUACCGGGCCAUAAAGUACCAGGUGGACAAGGGUCCGGUGGACGCCGUGACGGGGAAAGCCAAGCGGACGCUCAACGACAGCCACCUGCUGCGCGAGGACAUUGAUUACUGUGCCAUGACUCUAACUGUCCUGGUGAAGAACGGCGUGGAGGUUCAGCCGUGUCCGGUUAAAGUCCUGGACAUUGACACCAUCACACAGGUGAAAGAUAAAAUCCUGGAUCAGGUCUACAGAGGAGCUCCGUUCUCUCAGAGACCUGCAGCCGACAGCCUGGAUCUGGAGUGGCGUUCAGGUCAGGCCGGUCACCUGACCCUUUCAGAUGAUGAUGUCACAGCGGUCGUUCAGGGUCACUGGAAACGUCUCAACACGCUGCAGCACUACAAGGUUCCAGAUGGAGCCACUGUGGCUCUGAUUCCUCGGUCGCAGAGUUCAGGAGGAAUCAGUCAAGUGUUCCAGACUGGAGAGAAAACGCCAAUGCUGGAGGGGGAGGAGGAGGAGGGUUUCCGUUUAUGGCACCUGGUGAAGAGCAGUGAGGAUCCAGAAAUCCCCAAACACAGGAAGAGCAGCAUGAGGGAGCGGGAGCGGGCCAAAGCCAUACCUGAGAUUUACCUGACCCGGCUGCUGUCCAUGAAGGGGACGCUGCAGAAGUUCGUGGAUGACGUCUUUGUGGCCAUCCUCAACACAAAGCGUCCUCCUCCCAUCGCCGUCAGGUUCUUCUUCGACUUUUUGGAUGACAUGGCGGACAAACACGGAAUCGAUGAUCCAGACACCGUGCACAUCUGGAAGACCAACAGUCUCCCUCUGAGGUUCUGGGUCAACAUUCUGAAGAACCCUCAGUUUGUUCUGGACGUUCAGAUCACAGACAGCAUCGACGCCGUCCUGUCCGUCAUCGCUCAGACGUUCAUCGACUCGUGCACAACCUCUGAGCACAAAGUUGGACGGGACUCUCCGGUGAACAAACUGCUGUAUGCCAGAGAGAUUCCCAGAUACAAACAGCUGGUGGAGAGGUAUUACAGUGACAUCCGCAGUGCUGCAUCCGGAUGUUAUCAGGAGAUGAACUCCUAUCUGACUGAACUCUCUGGGAGUUUUGCCUCAGAGAUGAACAGCGUUGUCGCUCUCCACGAACUUUACAAGUACAUCAGCAAAUACUACGACCAGGUCAUCAUGUCUCUGGAGGAGGACGCGUCGGGGCAGAAGAUGCAGCUGGCGUACCGACUGCAGCAGGUCGCCGCCCUGGUGGAAAACAAAGUCACCGACCUCUGAUUUACUCAUGCAGAGGAGAAACAUGGAUUAACUAUCUAACCAGGACUCAGUGUGUGCGUGUGUGUGUGUGUGAGUGAGUCAUGCAGUGAUCUGACAUUUGGAGUCAGUCAUGGCGAUUCCUUCACUCAGCAGCAGCUAUCAGAUGUUAAACUGGAGUUGGAUUCAAUUAAAUUUGUUUUAAAAUGAAGAUCAAACUAAGCCGGCCUGACACCAGCCCGACACGACAAUCUAUCGAAUGAACAAUCAGGGAAUACCGUCACCUGCUGCCUUGGACUACAUUUCCCAGAACCCUCUGCUGUUUGAGAGUCAAAAGCACAACUUCAACGGUUUUUGCUAUGAUCUUCUCCACUGCUGGUCUCAGAUCUGCUGUUUUGUAUAUUCUGACUUUUCUACUUGAGCAGUUCUCGGACGUUCUGAGGAUUCUUCUAGGCAAUAAGGGAAUCAGGGAGCUUUUCCUCCGCUGUGAUUCCAGUUUCUGUGGUCUGCUCUCGUCUACACAUCUAAGCACAUCUUUGCUCAGUCUGUGUGUAUUUACAGCUGAAGGUUUCUACACCGUCAGCUGAAAGUCUGGGGACACCCACUGAUAAGAAGUGAAGCUUCUUCAGGCCUCACAGAGCUAUGAUAGCUCAAAUUCAGGGCGUGUCCAACUCCAGGACUGAAGGUUUCUGUUCUGCCACUAUUCCACACGAUUCUGUCAAUGGAGUUUCUUAUUAGUAAAGCGCACCUGAUCCAGGUAAUCAGUAACAGGUAGGAUUAGAAAAUCUGGAGUAACAAAGCAGACGGGGGUCCUUUGGGUCUGGAUUUGGACACCAGAUGACGCUCUUUUAUACGACCAAUCUCUGGCAGGAAGUUUCAGUGGAAAAAAGGAAAAGUUUAUAAGAGAAAACACUAAUAAUACUUUAAAUUCUAAGUCUUUUAGAAAGGGAAUUGUGUGAAAACACAGGUGAGAACCACCUCAGCCAAGUGGGCCCCAAAUGUUUCAAAGUGGGCAGAAAAUGUGGGCGGGCCCUGAUUGGGUUUGUCCACAGUUUCUGUGGUGGUCCCACCUGUGUUUGCCCACAUUGACUUAAGUGUUGAUUCAGUGGGUUAGCUUGCUACGCUAGCCAGCUGCCAGGUGGACUGCGUAGCAUAGUAGGGAGUUCCUCUGUAGCAAGCUAGUGAGCUCAGAUUUAUCAAGCUAGCAAUCUUCUCUGAUUGAGCUAGCAAGCUCUGCUGUAGCGAGCUCUUCUAUAACAAGCUAGCGAGCUUCUCUGUAGCAUUCUAGUAAACUCCUCUGUAUUGAGGUAGUGAGCGCCACAAUAGCAUCCUAGCGAGCUCCUCUACAGCGAGCUUUGCUUUAUCGAGCUAGCAAGCUUCUCUGUGUUGAGCUAGCAAGCUCUGCUGUAGCAAGUUAGCAUGCUCCGCUGUAUUGAGCUAACAAGCUCUGCCGUUUUGAGCUAGCGAACUCUGCUGGAGUGAGCGCCGCUGCACUGAGUUAGCGAGCUCCGCUGUCUACCAGGCGGCUGCCUAGCGUAGCGAGCAUACCCCCUGAGUGUGGCCUUAAGUCAGUGUGGGCAAACACAGGUGGGGCCACAUUUUCUGCCCCCUUUAACCAUGUGGUCACUUCACUUUGCUGGCUGGGACUCCAAACAAAAACAACACUUCAGACGAGAAACUGACUUCACACAGAAUAAAGUAAAACUUGAACGUCGAAGUUGCUGCUAUUCGACGCUAAAAAAGCAAUCUGUGGGUGGAGCCUAAGUGUGAGUGUUUGUGUGUUUUAGCUAGACACUAACUUAUUGUGUUUGUAUUUAUCAUCUCCAGCUGUGCCUUCACUGCUGCAGAUAUGUGGCGGUGUUUGUUUUUAUUGGCAGCUGUUUUGCUUAUCUGUCCCAAUGCAUGAUGGGAACUUAAAAUCCUAUGGACUCGGCACAACAGGGAAAGCAAAAGACCCAGAACAGCAGUGGAACCGGCCCGGUUCUGCAGCACUCUGACCUUCCUUCUUUUUUUGGUGUUUCUUUUUGUGUUUGUAGUUGUAGUUCUCGAUCUCGUACAGUUCUGCAUGCCUUGAUGAUGAUGAUGGUUUACGGUGCUCUCUUCUUUCUUUUCAUUGUUUAUAUCUGCAAAUCAGGGGGCGGGGCUUGCAGCCUGCCGUGUAGUUGAGUUCUGUGCUUUGAUUGGUGAAGCUCUGCUCGAUUCUACAGGAGUUUGAGAUCCAUGUGAGAAGCUGCUCUACCAGCUGUGUACAGUUUGUUAAUGACGUGUAAAUAUAUCUGUCUGAGGAAGAGGAGACGACUCAAAUAAGGUUUUAUUAUGAAAAGACCAAACUCAUUUUGUAUGAUAAAAAAUAAAGUUAUAAUUUUAA